AUGGCGUCUCGGAGGGCUGGGCCCCAGCCGGCAUUUGGAUGGUCAGGUAUUGCACGGCCCAAGGGCUCGCGGGUGGGCACAGAGCCCCCGAGGGAAGAGGCCAGGCAGAGAACCGGAUGGACAACCAACAAGACGACGGAGCUAGGCCGCCAACCCCCGAAAACGAUACCGCAACCCAGUCUUCUAUCAAGUCGUCUGCCCCAGGCCGCACCACCUCGUCGGCCAUCUGAAAGCCAGCCGGAGCCACCGCAUCUUGCUCAACACUCGCGAACAAAAAGUUCCCAUACUCACCCCAACGCGGUGCUUAGAGCGGAUCCACAAGGGUGGCCGUCGUCCUCGUCGGCCACCCAGGGGCUUGCAGCUCCCGGUUUGAAACCGCAGAACAUUCUCAGGCGUAAGCGCUCCGGGCUAUCUCAGGACACAACGGGGCACCCUAACGAGCUGAGGAACGACUCGACCGGAACAUCCUCCUCCGACUCUUAUCCCCGUUGCCAAACGCCCCUGGACCCCCUGACCCUCGACCGCGAACUGACCCAAAGUCCUAUGGAGAUUCGGCUUGCCCAGCAGGUCGAGAUUCCCAUGACCAAGGCGCACACUGUGACGAUAUAUCCCGAGCUGGACCGGUAUCGGGAGGUUAAACCCCCUCCUCGCGCCGACAGCCCGGGCUCUAGCCUGCCACACCGCAUUGCUACUAAUGAUCUUCCCCCUCCAACGCCGCUUUUUUCGGGCACGAGCAGUCAGCUCAGCGCAUUCAGUGGGAGCCCGUCUACCAGGUGGUCGGAAUCACCGGGCCCAGGGCCCUACAGCCGAGACACUACCCCUACUUCCAUGUCAUCGCAAUCCCCAGGACUUGUCGCCCCAAUUCGGAUACCCCCACCCGGGUCGCGGCCACGACAAGGAGACCAGCACUUGACCAGGCCGCCUGUGACCAGGAGGAGAGCGGGUAGUAUCUCUGAUGAACCAAGUUUGAUGACUGUUGAUCCGCAGGGGCUCGCCGCUGUCAGGGAGUUGUCGACCUCGUCGUCCUCAAAUUCGACGGUCCGCGCUGGUGUCAACGCAAGGGAGAAAAAGAGCAAAAAGGGCCUGUCACAUCGCCCACCGAGUCCACCGCCUCGGACAUCCUCCCAGCGGCCGAGGGAGAAUCAAGAUGAUGAAGAAUCGCCAACUAGGCCACCACGCAAAGCUUCUCAUGCACAGGCAACAACAUACCAGCCCCCCACGACGACGAAAUUGACCUCCUUCUCCCGUCCUCGGCCCGUACAGCUUGCACCACCGACUUCUCCUACCCGUCCGGCGGCGCCUCGGAGGCCGAGCCGCGAUGGCACCGCAGACCUCCAACCUCAAGUUGGGCAAUCCAUCCCUGUGGUGCACAGCAAUCUCUCCUCAACUUCUCUCUCCGAGCGACGACAAAGCGGCCUUUUGGCCCCCGGGCCCGUAAUCCGGCCUGGCGCCUUAGCCAAACCCACAGAGCGGCCAGGUUAUCUACCGCGACGGGCCCCAUCUCGGGAGCCCACACCAACCCCUGAGCCGGUCACAUCUCGUGGGGUGUCAGGGCCUCCGAAGCAAGAGCCGGUGAGGCCGGGCCGCACGCCAAGCCCCAGCGUGUCGACGUUCAAGACUCGUUUCCCUCUAUUCGGCCGACGGACAAAAACGGUCCCUGAGCCCACUCAGCAGGACAAGAAGGAUAAGGCGGGCAGGAAAGGACCGGCCGCGGGAACGGGCCACGAGGGCUAUGGAAAGCUUGGUUCCGUUCGCCGAAGAAGCAACAGCGUGACCAGCACGAACCGGGUCAUCCCAGGAACCAUGUCUUCGCAAGAGAGCUUGGGUGCGACAUCCCAAGACUCGUUCUUGCGAGAGAGGAUGGCCCCGGUCGUCAUCGCGGGUGGUGAAAUCAUCGAGAACAGGAACAAUGGAUUGGAGUUAAGCCGUGUCGAGAGCAACCAAAGCUCAACGUUCCGGCGGCCCAGUAUCGACUCCCGCGACGGCUCUCAAGUAUCGCACUCGUCCCGCGGAGCACCCCGCAAGACCCUGUGGCCGUCACCUUUGCUACGGGACCAUUCCCAAACACCCUCCAUCAGCAGCAGGCGGCCAUCCGAGAGCAGCGACUCUGAAGCCGUCGCUCGGCCCCCGACGUUAGCUCAGAGGAGAUCAGUGCAGAGGCUGAAAUUUGGCGAACAGGAACCGCCGAGGUUGCCGAAGCCGAUCGUUACACACCCUCACCCCAUGUCUCCUUCGAUGACCAGCCUGGAUACCAGCCUCAUGUCGGACGACUCCGUCUUUGACCCCUCUGCAGGCCCUAUUGUGGUAGCCCGGGAGCCACGGACCACCGCGCCAGGCCCAAAGAAGCUGACCAAGCGAGCCCGGUCUCCCCGCAAGUGGAACUUGUUCGGCCGCUCGCACCACCACGCAGCCCCUGAGAAGCGACCGGAUACCGCCCAGACGGUGGCCGCCACUGUCCAGGUACAAAACGCACCCAGCAAGCCCGUGGCCUUUUACACGAUGAUGGACUCAUCGGAACAGGACGAUUCGGAGCCGGUUGACCUAGAUGAGGUACUUCGUGAGGCCAGGGGAAUUGCCAUCACCACCCCGGAGGUACCUCAAAUGGAGGAAAAGGACACAAUGGAGGAUCGGGAGGCUAGUCGGAGGAUAUCCGUGGGCGUCCAGCCGCUGAUGGGCGACGCCAUACUCCAGUCGCCAGAACCUGAACAGCCGGCGGCUCCCAAGCGUUUUUCCGUGAACCCCCCGGCCUCACUAUCUGCACAACAACAGCAACAGCAGCAGCAGCAGCAGCAGCAACAGACCCGCCCAGGCCUCCGCCGUCCGAGCAGGCUCCCACAAGUCGGCCGUAUUCCCAAGGUUGUCAGUGCCCGAGCCGAACAAACCUCACCGAAGAGCUUCUCGCGGCCAUUUCACCGGCUCAGCGCCCAGAUUGUGCCACCUGUCAAGUUCGAGCCGCAAGACGAGUCGUCCGUGGCCAAAGGACCCAGUCCCCCCAAGCCUUCUACGCCAGAACCUGUUGAUGGGGAACCAGUGCCGCCGAAUGAGGAGGAAUCCAACUUCUCAGCUUUGAUCUAUGGUGUACCGAGGCUGCUCCCGCCAUCUUCCAGCCCACACGAGCAGGAGUUCCUCUCCUUCUCACCUCGCAAGAACUCGCAGUGCACCACAACCUCGUCGAGCAGCUCGGGUGGGCUUUUGUGCUACGCGGAUGCCACUGCUGUCGUGCCUUUACCCACCGCUCCGCUCGCCGAGGACGAGAUCUGGGACGAGUACAACGACCUCCUCGGCGAAGACACCAUCAGGGUGUCGACGAUCCAAGGCCCUUCCUGGCCAAAGCCGUUACGCGUCGAUGCGCCUGCGAGCCGAAAAUGGACUGAACCGGCACUAGAGUCACCAACGCUCAGCCCUCCACCCUUGCCGAGUCUUGUACAGGCGCUGCGUGCAGGGAUGGACCACAACUCGAUCAGCGUCCGUGGCUCCGAUAUCGCGAUAGAAGUCAAGCGGAUGCUUGAUUAUGAGCCGACGCCGGUCAGCUCCCUCGUCAUGCCCGAUACACCCUACAGCCAAGACCACGAGGUCGACUUCCAAGAAGCAGAAGACGCAGAAGAAGCAAAGAAGUCGACGGAAGAGACACGAGAGCGAGAGACACUCCCUUCCGGGCAGCGAGACAGCUAUUCCUCUGCCAACCAAAUCCGACGGUCCCACGCUAGCGGCAGCACCCAAGGUUCAGACGACAACUCGCCGCUAUCCCAGGUCAAUCUACGCGUGGGUUCCAUGACGGUCAGCAAGUGGCUAACGUUUGGCCACGUUCUCUUCAGUCCCGUCCGUGACGAGCUGAUUGCGGAAGUCGGGUCGCUCAAACGGCCCUCGAUCCUCGUGGUCGAUGGCCUGGGCAACGAUGACUGGUCCUUUUAUGCGGCCGAGACAUACCCGGCUGCUACGUUCUUCAACCUCUCCCCACGCUCUCCGCUCCCGGCCGAGCGCCGCAGCGAGUCUUCCUUCCCCCUCACGCCGCCCAACCAUCACCAGGUCCAGUAUCUCUCUCCCACCGCCAAGUUCCCCUUUGGAGCGCAAAGCUUUACCGCGGUCGUCUUCCGCUUCCCCGCCGCCGGGCCCGAGAACCACUACCGCAACAUCAUCUCGGAGGCGCGCCGGGUGCUCAAGCCGGGCGGCUACCUAGAGCUGUCGAUUCUCGAUGUGGACCUGAACAACAUGGGCAAUCGGUGUCGCCGCAACGUCCGCCGGCUCAAGGAGCGGAUCCACGCCAACGCCCCCGACACCAGCCUCGGGUCGACCUCCGAUCUCAUUCUCCGCUUGAUCGGCCGGAGGGGCUUCACCGAUGUCAAGACUUGUCGGGUUGGCGUGCCCGUCGCAAGUACCGUGGCCCGGCUCUCGGUCAGCAGCGAGACAAACACGGUUAGGAAGAGGAGCUCUGUUACCGGCAGCGGUAGUGGCAGCGGAAGUAGCGGGUCUCUAGGCGGCGGCCUAACCAGCAAGACUAGGCAAACGAAAGACGAGCGCAGCCUGCCGGAGAUGAUCAACGACGAAAGCCCGGUCGCCGACGAGAGUAUCGCGCAGUCGGUGGCUCGGGUCGGCCGGUGGUGGUACAGCCGUUGCUAUGAGAGUGCUGCCGCGCCUGAGGCUGGUCCGUCGUCCCGGGGCAGCAUUUGGCGGGACAAGGCUCUGCUUGCUGAGUGUCAGGAUUGGGGGACGAGUCUGAAGUUGAUGGUGUGCCAUGCACGUGUGCCGGAUGGGCGAGCGCGGGUGGCGAGUAUUUGA